CUUCCAGGAAACAUACAAAACACACGACAUCCAACGCCUUCUUUUUCCUACGUUAAGUAAAAGCGAACACCUUUUGACAUCUUAAACAGAUUCAAAAAGAGGCAACUUUCAGCUUCAGAUUCUGGAAUCCGAACGUUAACAAAAGGUUCUCGGUUUCGAAACGAGAAGAAAGGGUUUAGGAGCUUGAUGAAAUGGCCUUGUUCCGCAAAUUGUUCUACCGCAAACCUCCAGAUGGUUUGCUCGAGAUAUGCGACAGAGUUUUCGUGUUCGACUGUUGCUUCUCCGACGACUCUUGGGAAGAAGAAAACUACAAAACUUACAUGGCCGGAGUAGUCAAUCAGCUACAGGAGCACUUCCCCGAGGCAUCCUCUCUUGUGUUUAACUUCCGUGAAGUGGGUACUCGGAGUGUGAUGGCUGAUGUCUUGUCAGAAUACGGCUUGACCAUUAUGGACUAUCCUCGCCACUACGAAGGCUGCUCGUUGUUGCCUGUGGAAGUCAUGCACCAUUUUCUUAGGUCCAGUGAAAGCUGGCUCUCCCUCGGCCCAAACAACUUGUUGCUAAUGCAUUGCGAGCGAGGGGCUUGGCCGGUUCUAGCCUUCAUGCUAGCUGCACUUCUUAUUUACCGGAAGCAGUACAGUGGUGAGUACAAGACCUUGGACAUGAUCUGCAAGCAGGCUCCGCGCGAGCUUAUGCAUUUGCUCUCACCGUUGAACCCGAUUCCUUCUCAGCUGCGUUAUUUACAGUAUGUGUCGAGAAGGAAUGUGGUCUCUGAAUGGCCUCCUCUGGAUAGGGCUCUCACCAUGGAUUGUGUGAUUUUGAGAUGUGUUCCUGAUGUUAGUGGGCAAGGAGGUUGUCGCCCAAUCUUUAGAGUAUAUGGUCAGGAUCCUUUUUUUGUUGAUGAUAAAAAGCCUAAGCUUUUGUACUCAACUCCUAAGAAAGGGAAACACCUUAGGAUCUACAAGCAGGCAGAAUGUGGACUAGUCAAGAUUGACAUCAACUGUCAUGUGCAAGGUGAUAUAGUGAUUGAAUGCCUCAGUUUGAACGAUGACAUGGAGAGAGAGGUCAUGGUGUUUCGAGCGGUUUUCAACACAGCUUUUAUCAGAUCAAAUAUUUUGAUACUCAACCGUGAUGAGGUUGACACAUUAUGGGAUAUAAAAGAACAAUUCCCAAAGGGGUUCAGAGUUGAGCUUCUCUUCUCGGAUAUGGAUGCUGCCUCGUCUGUUGAUUCGAUGAACUUUUCAUGUUUGGAAGAGAAAGAUGGUCUUCCAAUAGAAGUUUUUUCCAAAGUUCAUGAUUUCUUCAAUCAAGUUGACUGGGAUGAUCAGACGGACGCCACUCGCAAUGUGCUUCAGCAUUUAGCUAUUGCAAAUGCUGUCCAGGAAAGACCAGAUGGGAAUUCAAGUCCAGGACCACAAGGGUUAAGCCCCAGAAAUAUCCAUGAUAUUGUGAAACAGACAGCAAUUGAGAAUAAUGCAAAACUAAAAUUGUCGUCAGUGUCCGAGGUUGAAACGGUCGACACGCCUGAAAACCGACCUUCCGGUUCGGUAAAGAAGCUUGUAGCAGAAGAUAUGCAUUCUGUUCUUCAGAUAAGUAGCCAAGCAAACACCACCAGUCAUGAGUCCCCUUCUCUCAAGCUUGUGCAUCAUUCUGCCACAGUUAAACCUUUUGUAGAGAAUUCAUACUUCUCUGAAAAUGCUGAGGAGAAUAUCUCGAGUCCUCGGGAAAACAGGAGCACACUGUCACCACCUCACGCGGAAAGAACGUCGUUGGCUCCACUAGGAGCACCUUCCCCACCUCCUCCACUUCCAACUGUUGCUUCUCAACCUUCAGAGAAAUUUCAUCAUUCUGUUGUCCAACCGGCGGAGACACUUUCACAGGGAAACGCAUGGGUGUCAUUAGCUGGCUCUACAUUUCAUCGAACAACUCCAAACGCAGAGCAUCCUAUGACACUGCCUUCAACAUCUCUUCCCCUUCCUCCUGCAUCUAAUGUUCCUACUCACGAGUCUUCGAAAAUAACAAAAUCAUCUUCAGCUCUGCCCUCUCCUAUGUUAUCAGCUACUACAGCCAAACAAAUCCAAACUGAGUCAUCAGGUUCUUUCUGUCCUCCUGGUUCAUCUUCAAUAGGAGCUCCCAAUGAUGUGGCUACACCUCUUGGACAACCGGCUAGGUCACCUCCUCCAGUGUCUAAAUCAGACAAAACACAUAUGUUACCUCGACCACCACCACCUCCCCCUCCUCCGAUGCGGCAUGCAGACCAGAACACUGUUGCUAGAGUUUCCCCUCGUAUACCACCCCAAGCGCUAGCUACAGGUGCCUCUCCUCCCCCUCCCCCAGCUCCUCCAACGCCUCCACCGCUUCCUACUUCUUCUGCUCCCCCUCCCCCACCUCCUACAACACCUCCACGGCUUCCUACCUCUUCUGCCCCUCCUCCCCCUCCCCCUCCAAAAGCGCCACCUCCACCACCAAUAGGUCAGAUGAAGGCACCGUCAGCACCACCUCCACCACCACCGUUGGGUCAGAUGAGACCACCAUCAGCACCACCUCCUCCUCCUCCUCCUCCAAAGUUAGGAACAAAGUCAUCCCCAUCUACUGGUUCUAGUGUGCCUCCAACACCUGCCUUACCAGCUGGACCUCUUUCAUCAGGAAAAGGGAGAAUGUUACCUGUAAAUUCAAAGAAUAACACAGCCAAAAAGCUGAAGCCAUAUCACUGGUUGAAACUGACAAGAGCUGUCAAUGGGAGCUUAUGGGCUGAAACACAAAUGUCUAGCGAAGCUUCUAAGGCUCCUGAGAUUGACAUGAAAGAGCUUGAAAGUCUUUUCUCCGCAUCAGCUCCAGAAGAGGCAGGAAAGUUAAAACUAAAUAGCUGUCGUGGACCUAAACCUGAGAAAGUCCAACUGAUUGAACACAGGCGAGCAUACAACUGUGAGAUUAUGCUUUCAAAAGUGAAAGUACCUCUGCAGGAUUUGAUGUACUCAGUGCGUAACCUGGAGGAAUCUGCUCUUGAUGCUGACCAGGUUGAGAACCUAAUUAAGUUUUGUCCAACAAGAGAAGAAAUGGAAUUACUAAAGGGUUACAAUGGUGACAAGGACAAGCUUGGAAAGUGCGAAUUGUUCUUCUUAGAGAUGAUGAAAGUCCCACGAGUGGAGACAAAGCUCAGGGUGUUCUCUUUCAAAAUUCAGUUUCGUUCUCAGAUUUCUGAACUCAGGAAUAGUCUAAGUGUUGUUAACUCCGCAGCAGAGCAGGUGAAGAAUUCAGAAAAAUUCAAAAGAAUAAUGCAGACUGUCUUGUCCCUCGGAAACGCCCUAAACCAAGGGACUGCUAGGGGUGCUGCGGUUGGGUUUAAACUGGAUAGUCUGCCAAAACUCAGUGAAACACGGGCGCGGAAUAACCGUAUGACUCUGAUGCAUUAUCUAUGCAAGAUUCUUGCUGAGAAAAUGCCAGAAGUCUUAGAUUUCGCAAAAGAUUUUUCAUCACUGGAGCCUGCAACAAAGAUUCAACUGAAGUUUUUGGCUGAGGAGAUGCAAGCUAUAAACAAGGGACUAGAGAAAAUCGUACAGGAACUCUCCUUGUCCGAAAGUGAUGGCCCAAUUUCACACAACUUUAACAAGAUAUUGAAGGAGUUCCUUCAUUAUGCGGAAGCAGAAGUAAGGUCCUUGGCUUCACUCUAUUCGGGAGUGGGAAGAAACGUUGAUGGCUUAAUUUUCUACUUUGGUGAAGACCCUACUAAGUGCCCUUUUGAACAAGGGGUGUCGACUCUUCUAAACUUUGUAAGACUGUUCAAUCGUGCUCAUGAAGAAAACGUAAAACAACUUGAAGCUGAAGCUAAUAAGAAGGCUGAGGAGGAGAAAUUAAAAAUAGGCCGGUUAGAUAAAGAAAGCAGCAAGCCCUUAUCCUUGGAGAAGGAGAAAGCAAAAAUAAGUGGGUCAGAUCGAGAAAGCAGGAAGCCCUUGUCCUUGGAGGAACAAGUUAAGAAGGAGAAAGAAAAAAUAAGUGGACUAGAUAAAGAAAGCAGCAACCCCUUGUCCUUGGAGGAACAAGUUAAGAAGGAGAGAACAAUGAUGAGUGGGUUAGAUCAAGAAAGCAGCAAGCCCUUGUCCUUGGAUGAACAAAUUAAGAAGGAGAAAGCAAAGAUAAGUGGAUUAGAUCAAGAAAGCAGGAAGCCCUUGUCCUUGGAGGAACAAGUUAAACAGGAGAAAGCAAAAAUAAAUGGAUUAGAUCAAGAAACGAAGGAGCCACUGAAUGAAAGAACAGCUGCAUGAAGAAUAACCAGUUCUUCAUAUUUCUUAGAUAACAAAGGACGUAAGAGCAGAAAUAGUUUAUCUUCUUUUAACUUGUCACCUAACGGCAAAUUAACUUGUAAAAUAGGGAGGGGUAUAAACAUUGUAAUUAUAGGGGUA